UGACCAACCUUUGGAUCUUUUUCCACAUUUGAAGAUGGUGAAACUGGAUAUUCAUACUUUGGCCCAUCACCUCAAACAGGAACGCUUAUAUGUAAACUCUGAGAAGCAGCUCAUUCAAAGGCUUAAUGCAGAUGUACUUAAGACAGCUGAAAAGUUGUACCGGACAGCAUGGAUUGCUAAGCAACAGAGAAUUAAUUUGGAUCGACUUAUUAUAACCAGUGCGGAAGCUUCCCCCGCUGAAUGUUGCCAGCAUGCCAAGAUUUUGGAAGAUACGCAGUUUGUUGAUGGAUAUAAGCAGUUGGGAUUUCAGGAGACUGCUUAUGGAGAAUUCCUGAGUCGAUUACGGGAAAACCCUCGGCUCAUUGCCUCUUCAUUGGUUGCCGGAGAGAAACUCAAUCAGGAGAACACACAAAGUGUUAUUUACACAGUCUUUACCUCCCUCUAUGGUAACUGCAUUAUGCAAGAGGAUGAAAGCUACCUCCUUCAGGUUUUGAGAUACUUGAUUGAAUUUGAACUUAAAGAAAGUGACAACCCUAGGCGACUUUUGAGGCGAGGAACUUGUGCCUUCAGCAUCUUGUUUAAGCUUUUUUCUGAAGGACUCUUUUCUGCCAAGCUCUUCCUCACAGCUACUUUACAUGAGCCAAUCAUGCAGCUGCUGGUUGAAGAUGAAGAUCACCUGGAGACGGAUCCAAACAAGCUCAUUGAGCGGUUUUCCCCGGCUCAACAGGAAAAACUCUUUGGAGAAAAAGGCUCAGAGAGGUUCAGGCAAAAGGUUCAGGAGAUGGUGGAUUCCAAUGAGGCCAAGCUCGUGGCUUUGGUGAACAAGUUUAUCGGCUAUCUCAAGCAGAACACAUACUGCUUUCCACAUAGUUUGCGGUGGAUCGUGUCGCAGAUGUACAAAACCCUUUCCUGUGUGGACAGGCUGGAAGUAGGGGAGGUCAGGGCAAUGUGUACUGACCUCCUGCUGGCCUGCUUCAUCUGUCCUGCAGUUGUCAACCCAGAGCAGUACGGGAUCAUUUCCGAUGCUCCCAUUAACGAAGUGGCAAGAUUUAAUCUGAUGCAGGUUGGCCGCCUUUUGCAGCAGUUAGCAAUGACUGGCUCGGAAGAGGGGGAUCCCCGGACAAAGAGCAGCCUGGGAAAAUUUGACAAAGGCUGUGUUGCUGCUUUCCUUGAUGUGGUCAUUGGGGGCCGUGCAGUGGAGACGCCUCCUCUGUCCUCCGUUAACCUUCUGGAAGGUUUGAGCAGAACCGUGGUUUACAUAACCUACAGUCAGCUUCUAACUCUGGUGAAUUUUAUGAAGAGUGUGAUGUCUGGAGAUCAGCUGAGGGAAGACAGAAUGGCUCUUGACAAUCUACUGGCCAAUUUACCCCAGGCCAAGCCAGGGAAGAGCAGCAGCCUAGAAAUGACGCCCUACAGUACUCCCCAGCUCUCACCGGCAACAACCCCCGCAAAUAAGAAGAAUCGAUUGCCUAUAGGACAACAGUUAGCAGCCAUCACUGCCUGGGAGUCCUCAGCCACCAACCUCACUGCUCACAUUACUCUAGUAACCCCAUUUGCAGCUCGGAGCAAAAGCCGCACCAAUGUGCUUAUGGACUUACACAUGGACCAUGAAGGGUCGUCUCAGGAAACCAUCCAGGAAAUACAGCCAGAAGAAGUGUUGGUCAUUUCCCUAGGGACAGGCCCACAGCUCACUCCAGGGAUGAUGUCAGAAACCGAGGUCCUAAACAUGCAGCUUUCGGAUGGAGGACAAGGAGAUGUCCCUGUCGAUGAAAACAAACUCCACGGUAAACCUGAUAAAACCUUGCGCUUUUCCCUCUGCAGUGAUAAUCUGGAAGGAAUAUCUGAAGGUCCAUCAAAUCGAUCCAAUUCAGUAUCCUCUUUAGACCUAGAGGGAGAGUCUGUCUCAGAGCUUGGAGCAGGACCUUCUGGGAGUAAUGGUGUGGAAGCCCUGCAGCUCUUGGAACAUGAGCAAGCCACAACACAAGAUAAUCUGGAUGAUAAACUACGGAAGUUUGAGAUCCGGGACAUGAUGGGACUGACGGAUGACAGGGAUAUAUCAGAAACGGUGAGCGAGACCUGGAGCACAGACGUCUUGGGGAGUGAUUUUGACCCUAACAUUGACGAAGAUCGUUUGCAGGAAAUUGCAGGUGCCGCAGCAGAGAACAUGUUAGGCAGUUUACUGUGCCUGCCAGGGUCAGGCUCAGUGCUCCUUGACCCCUGCACUGGCUCUACCAUAUCAGAGACAACAAGCGAAGCUUGGAGUGUAGAGGUAUUGCCAAGUGACUCAGAAGCCCCAGAUCUGAAGCAGGAGGAGCGUCUGCAGGAACUGGAGAGCUGUUCCGGCCUGGGCAGCACCUCUGACGACACGGAUGUCAGGGAGGUCAGUUCCCGCCCCAGCACACCAGGCCUCAGUGUUGUGUCGGGCAUAAGUGCAACUUCUGAGGAUAUUCCUAAUAAGAUAGAAGACCUGAGAUCUGAGUGCAGCUCUGAUUUUGGGGGUAAAGACUCUGUCACUAGCCCAGACAUGGAUGAAGUAACUCAUGGUGCCCAUCCCCUGACCUCUCCGCCUUCCCAGGCAGAGUCUCUGCUUGCCAUGUUUGAUCCACUGUCUUCACAUGAAGGGGCUUCUGCUGUGGUCCGGCCAAAAGUUCACUAUGCCCGGCCGUCGCAUCCACCACCAGACCCCCCAAUUCUGGAAGGAGCUGUGGGCGGCAACGAGGCCCGGUUGCCUAACUUCGGGUCCCACAUUUUAACUCCAGCUGAAAUGGAAGCCUUUAAGCAACGGCAUUCUUACCCAGAGCGGUUAGUUCGGAGCCGGAGUUCUGACAUCGUGUCUUCCGCCCGGCGGCCCAUGAGUGACCCCAGCUGGAACCGACGUCCUGGGAAUGAGGAGCGAGAACUGCCUCCAACCGCAGCUAUGGGUGCUUCUCUGGUGGCUGCCCCUCACUCGUCAUCGUCCUCCCCGAGCAAGGACUCCUCCAGAGGAGAGACUGAAGAACGCAAAGAUAGUGAUGAUGAGAAAUCAGACAGAAACAGACCUUGGUGGAGAAAACGUUUUGUUUCAGCCAUGCCUAAAGCUCCCAUACCAUUUAGAAAGAAAGAAAAACAAGAAAAAGACAAAGAUGAUCUGGGGCCUGACAGAUUCUCAACACUCACAGAUGAGCCCAGCCCUCGGCUCAGUGCCCAGGCUCAGGUGGCUGAGGACAUUCUGGACAAGUACAGGAAUGCCAUCAAACGCACCAGCCCCAGUGAAGGAGCACUGUCAAACUAUGAAAGUGCAGAGGUCUUGGGUGACGGCGAAAGUGCACAGGAUUCUCCUCGUGACGACGCGCUGCAGAACAUCUCUGCCGAUGACCUGCCAGACUCGGCCAGCCAAGCCGCGCAGCCCCAGGACUCGGCCUUUUCUUACAGAGAUGCAAAGAAGAAACUGAGGCUUGCUCUUUGCUCUGCGGAUUCCUUUGCUUUCCCAGUGUUAACCCACUCGACAAGGAAUGGUUUACCCGACCACACAGACCCAGAAGACAAUGAAAUUGUGUGCUUCUUAAAAGUUCAAAUAGCGGAGGCAAUUAAUUUGCAAGAUAAGAACUUAAUGGCCCAACUCCAGGAAACCAUGCGCUGCGUGUGCCGUUUUGACAACCGGACCUGCAGGAAGCUCCUGGCCUCCAUUGCCGAGGACUACAGGAAAAGGGCGCCCUACAUUGCUUACCUCACUCGCUGUCGGCAAGGGCUGCAGACCACGCAGGCUCACCUGGAGAGGCUCCUGCAAAGGGUCCUGCGCGACAAGGAGGUGGCCAAUCGGUACUUCACCACCGUCUGUGUGCGGCUGCUGUUGGAGAGCAAAGAGAAGAAGAUCGGGGAGUUCAUCCAAGACUUUCAGAAGCUCACGGCCGCUGAUGAUAAAACGGCUCAGGUCGAGGACUUCCUGCAGUUCCUCUACGGCGCCAUGGCCCAGGAUGUGAUCUGGCAGAACGCCAGCGAAGAGCAGCUGCAGGACGCCCAGCUGGCCAUUGAGCGAAGCGUCAUGAACCGCAUUUUCAAGCUUGCCUUCUACCCGAAUCAGGAUGGGGACAUACUUCGUGACCAGGUUCUUCAUGAGCAUAUUCAGCGAUUGUCUAAAGUCGUGACUGCAAAUCACAGAGCGCUCCAGAUACCAGAGGUUUAUCUCCGGGAGGCCCCAUGGCCAUCUGCACAGGCAGAAAUCCGGACCAUCAGUGCUUACAAGACGCCCCGGGACAAAGUGCAGUGCAUCCUGAGAAUGUGCUCCACCAUCAUGAACCUCCUGAGCCUGGCCAACGAGGACUCCGUCCCUGGAGCUGAUGACUUCGUCCCUGUGCUGGUCUUCGUGUUAAUCAAGGCAAACCCGCCUUGUUUGCUGUCUACGGUUCAGUAUAUCAGCAGCUUCUAUGCCAGCUGUCUUUCCGGAGAGGAGUCCUAUUGGUGGAUGCAGUUCACGGCAGCAGUAGAGUUCAUUAAAACCAUCGAUGACCGCAAGUGACCCAGUGCCAGGGCCGCGGAGGCAGCUCCAGACUGUGGGGCCGGGGCCGUCUGAGAGGAUAUACCAGCUACGGGAGGCUGAAGCUCGCUCGUGUAUGAUACUGUACAGCAUUCAGACAUUUCCAACAGAUCUUUACUAAACAGAUUAAUGAGCUAACAAGCAGGUUCUCUUUCCUUUGGGCUCUGUUCCUUUCUGAGUUGCAUAUUUUAUUUUCUUGUCCCCAAGUAGAGACCUAAUCCUGCAAAAAGGGACCACAUUUUUCAGGUAUUUUGAAAUACUAACAAAACAAAACAUAAAAAAAAUCUUGUAGAAAAUUCUUAGAUCUACGUUAAUGAAUAACUAGACUUGAUUUUUAUUUUUUAAAAAAGGAUAGACCACCUCUUUUCAGAUGCUGGCUGAUCGUAUCUGCAUCUAAUGGAAGGAAAAUGCCAGUUGCACUGAGGAUUAGAAUAGAGAUGAUGUUAGUGGCAUUAUCUAUAAAUACACUCACCUAAAUUGGAAAGCUAAGAAGGAAAUGUAAAUAUAAUAUAUAUUUAUAUUUGAUGUAAUAUGGACAUCUUCAGAUUCUAAUAAAUAAGGAAUAUUGCGGAUUGUA